AUGAAUUUACCACUAUCGAGAAUAGUUUCCAUCGUUGUGGCCAUCCUCUUCCUGGUUGCCGUCUCCUUCAAGACCUUUCUACCGGGUGACGACCCCUACCGCUGUCGCGCUGUUCAAAAAACCGGCCGUUGGAUCGAUCUACCAGAUGAACAAGGGAAUCGGUAUCCUUUCCGUCAAUGGCAACCAGAUGGGUGCAUCCUUCAUGAAUAUGAUUCAGCUGAUAUCCGUCAAUGUACCGAAGGUCGUCGUAUAGUCGUCGUGGGUGACUCGACCUCCCGACACGUUGCCUAUGCCUUCGGUCGAUUGAUCAACAGGAAACAGCAUGAGCAUGACAAAAACCAAUCGUCUUUCCCGAAUCUACGAGACAAUGUCAAUUUGACGUACGAUGGCCAGAUGAUCCAGCGCCUGUCCAACGUUUGGCUCGGCAGUCACGGACAUCCACUCCAAGAAAAAGGAGGCUUUGUACAAAAUCUCGACGUAUACGCCGAUGAGAAGAUGGACCCGCCAGCUAUCAAAGAUCAACAAGGACCUGCUAUAAUCUAUGUGGCUGCCGGUGUUUGGUACACGAAUCACAAAGGAAACACCACCAGACGUGUCCCAUGGCACACUCGUUUUCACAUAUACAGGAACCGAUUCAAUCACCUGUCCAGGUUUAUCAACCACAAUACGCCAGAUCAAGACCCAUUCACCGCCCCCAUGCAUCCACAAGACGGCAUUGGCAACCAGAUCUUUUACGGUCCUCCUUCAGGACCUUGUUAUCAGGGCAACGAAACGAAAGAUAUCAAGUCCAGUGCUAGACGACAAGGAGAGGUUGCAGAUAUUCAUAAUUGGCUACACGACACAGAGGACAAAAGGAAAAUUCCUCUCCUAUGGUCAAUUGUUGGAGUCACCUUGAACCAAAACAAAACAUGGAUUGACCCUAUGACGAAAGCAAUGCAUGUGAUUGAUCAGGUUUCUGAGGCUCGGGCUAACAUUAUCCUCAAUCUGAGAUGCAACGCCAAACUCGAUCGCAUCCAAGGGUAUCACCACACUGGAACUUGUUGUACAGAUUACGGCGUCAACCAAAACCGCAUCAUCAUUGCUAUUAGUAUUGUCUAUUUAUCUGCAUGCCUCAUAUGCGAGAUCCUUGACCUUUUAUCUGUAAAGGAAACUCAAUGGCCUUUGCUCAACAUGCAAGUAGGAUCUUUCAUUCUGGUUUUGCUCAUGUGCUAUUUUUCCGAUCGUACACAGAUGAUGGCCAAGAGUAGCAAGCUUUGGGAGGUAGAUGGUUUUGCUAUCCUCUGUGCCGUCUGCUUCGUUGCUCUGCUUGUCACAAUUCGGCGGACGGGACCCAAAUCCCCAAAGCACCUAUCUUCACCACAAGACGAGACGUCUGAAACGCUACCCCCAGAGGAUUGCCCUCUCGAAACAGAAGUAUUUUCAACAGGAAAUGGGACAUAUGAAAAGCUACUUCCGGAGGACGGCCCUGCAGAUGACGAAGAGAACUACCAGCAAGAUGAACCAUUUCUUUCUCGCAAACAGACCGAAGAAUGGAAGGGAUGGAUGCAAUGCUUCAUUGUCAUUUACCAAUGGACUGGAGCUGACCAAGGACCUAUUUCCGUCUAUAUUCUUUUUCGCCUAUGUAUCGCUGCAUACAUGUUCCAGACAGGUUAUGGUCACACACAUUACUUCAUCCGUACCGGCGACUUUUCGUUCAAGCGAGUAAUAACUACUCUACUACGAUUGAAUACUCUGAGCUGCGCUUUGACGUAUUUAAUGAAGACAGAUUACAUGUUCUAUUGCGCUGCACCACUUGCCUCAUUCUGGUUCCUCGUCAUCUACGCGACCAUGGCGAUUGGGAAACAGUACAAUGAUGAUUCACAAGCGGUGAUAGCCAAAGUAUGUAUAUCUGGUAUUGUCGUCUCUGCAAUAUUUGCAACUCCCCUCAUGAGGUGGAUGUUCGAACUCUUUGAGAUCAUAUUCAACAUUCAGUGGAGCGCUGAUCAGUGGAUGUACCACGCCACUCUCGAUAUGUACAUUGUAUAUAUCGGUAUGGGAACUGCUAUCGUCAAUCAGAGAAUGAGUAGCACUCAAAUCAUCUUGAGUCUUCGCUUGGUUCUUGCGCUAGCUGGUCUGUUCGCGUUAUUUUGCUAUUUCAGCAAGACUUCAUCAUUGAGUGUCAGCUCGUACGACUCUAUACACCCUUACGUCUCCUGCAUCCCAGUCCUAGGGUACAUUGUAUUACGCAACGCCUCGACGUAUACUCGGAACUAUCACUCCAAGGCAAUGGCUUGGUUAGGUCGCCACUCGUUAGAGAUAUCUAUCCUCCAGUCUCACAUUCUGCUUGCUGCUGACCGAAACGGGGUGCUUUCCAUCGAUGGUCUUUUUGGAGAUGGCACAGUUUUGGGCGAUCGAUGGAGAACUCUGCUUAUUGUAGUCCCAAUCUUCCUUUGGACAUGUUACACUACAAGGUCUGCGACAGUUUAUAUCAUCGAGUUGAUGUUGAAAGAAAGGUCAGAAGAGGAUGACCUCGACGAACCUGCUUUCAAGUAUCUCAAGAAGCUUGGUAUAUCGCACAUAUCGUAUCCUGGGCUGCGGCUGGUCUGCAUUGUACUGACAAUGUGGCUGAUCAAUCUGCUCAGUCCGUUGAAGCAGAAUAUUUCUCUUCCGUCGGGGACGCAUGAUAUUAGCGUAUUGCCUAUGCCAGAAACUGCACUGGAUCAUCCUUUCUAG